GACUGCCAAGAAGAAGGUCUCAAGCACACCGAGGAGGACUGCAAAAUCAGGACAAUUUCGCCACGCUUUUUCAAUUCGGACCCACGGACUUUGAUGAUUCGUGAUUUAUUUUUGUUAGAAUUUAAGUCUGUUUUAGUUUGUAUUUUUGCGGUGAAAAAUUACUUUCGCAUCGCUUUUGAGGCAGCGGCGGGAGUCCUGAGAAAUUCGGUAAAAUGCGAAAAUAGGACCUCAGAGGAGACUGAAGUCCUCACUUGAAAGACUUCUCUACAUGCAAUGAGAUCUGGAUGUCACUACAUCCGAGGAGGGGACUGUCAUGACAUUAAAGGAACACCUUCAGUGGUUCCCCCUGAAAAUGGAAUAAAAAACAACAUGGUAGCCAUUCAACUUCCUGGAGAGCUUAGAGUAGCUCAUGGCCCAGCUCAGUUGCAGCAAGGCUAUGCACAUUCCAAACAACAUUUUAAGGGACUCUACUGCCAUCCAAAGUCACAGUCAAGUAUACUAGACUGUGGAUUCCAGCCCCUUAUACCUGGGGAUAGUGCAUGUUAUUCUCAGGGCAGUCACAACCAAAUAAGCCGAGACGAAAAUGUUAAUCAUUUUUCAUCAACACAUGUCUCUAGUUAUUUGGGGAAUAUUGCUAAAUCUGUUUAUAACACUUCCUAUCAGCAGCAGGUCUGCUCUCGCUCUGUAAGCAGAGACAAAGUCUUGCCAGUUGGAGAAUUGGAACCACCUACAGAUGACGAAAUACGUGACUAUGUUGCACAACGCGUCAGAUAUUUUGAGACUAUAUCAAAACGUGUACCUUCCAAAAAGCUGUGCAACAGGGACUCUCCACUACAGUCUGGCCCCAUCUCACCAAAGAUUGACUGUUUUUCCCAUCUCCCCAAAACCUGUGCCUCUGUGCCAGCAGUUGGACCAGCACUUGAAGAGGACAGUUCAAAGGGCAGCAAAGCAUUUGCUGUGUUACUGCCCAAGUCUAAAGGGAUCGACGAUUGCUCUGCAUCUGCGUCAGAGAAACAUUCAAAAGAACUUCCACGAAAAAUGAAGAAAGUUCCUGCCACUUGCACAAGGGAAGAAGAUGGGAGGCCAGUGGUAGCCGCAGCAGUGCCUGAAAUGACCUGUGAAGAAAUGACUGAGAAGCAAUCCAGUUUGAUUUUCAACGGUAGCCCGUCAGAAGAACAGAAGUCCUUUUCGUUAAAUAGUAAAACAUAUUUUGGAGACAAAAGCCAACUGCCUGGUGUUUCUAGGGCUCCCAAACACACCAUGGAGAGGGAGACCGGCAAAGUGGCCCUAAAACCAGUGGAAGCAGUUGGGUUGGACAGUCUGUGCGAUAUGAACGACGUCUCAGGGGAUCCUCAAAUCAAGCUAACUUCAGUGCUAUCUGAAAACAAAACUUUUGGACAAGCAUCAUUCAUUGAAAAUCAACAAUGCACCACGCUAUAUUCAGCUGUUGAUACACUUAAAAUUCAUAAUGUAUGGUCAAUUGCUACAAACCAAAGUGAAGGGCAUAGCAGCCAAACAAGUUAUGAAGGUCCAAGAAAGGAUGCAGGUUCUACACGCUUACAAACUGAUUCAAGCAUAGCCCUUUCAGAAAACAAAGUUGAUUACUUUCCUACAGCUUCUGAAGACAUUAUGAAAGAUGAAAGUCCCCACAUUGAUGAUAUGACUGCAGAGACCUCUUCAACUACACCAGAUCCCAACGAUAAGCAGUCAUCAUUUGAAAAUGAAGGCGCUGGAUUGAAAGAUGAAGAUGUUACUGAUGAUUAUGAGGAUGAGGAUGAUGAUGAUGAUAUGUUAUUCAUACCUAUAACUAUUUCCGACGUUACAUUUGAAGAUCAAGAGAGCCAAGAAAAAGAUGGGCUAGAUGGUGGAGAAACAGAAGACCAAGAAAGACGGUGUGAUCCAAAUUCAAACCACUAUCCAAAACCAGUACAAGCUUGUAAUUCUACUCUAAUGAAAGAGUUUGACACAAUUGAAAGCUUUUUAAAAGAUGUGAAUUCUAAGAAAAUACAGGUGAAAUUGGUUGGCACACCUGCAUUUGAAAUAGAUUCUGAGGGAGAAGGUUGGUGUCAUACACAUCAUAACAGGAGACAGUCUUCAGACAGCUGUGACACUGAAGACAGUUGUGAUUACCCAUUCGAAUCACAUAACAAACAUUUACCACUAUCCAGGAGUUUGUUUGGAAAGAAGAAUAUUUCAAAUAACAAAGACAUAAUAAUAAUUCAAUCUGACUCUGAAGAUGAUGUUGAACAAAAGAAGCCAAAAAGGAAGAAACUUUUCACUUCCAGCUCAGAGGACAGCGACAGUUCCACAUGUAGUCGCCCAAAGACACAUUCAUCCGAAACUGUAGGCAGUCGAUGUGAAACUUCAGAAGAAAACUCUACAAAAAAACGACGGUUAUCUGCAGACUCGCCAACACGCCAAUCUAAAUGCCAUGAUGCACCGUUCGAAGAAGGGAUGCAGAAUGCAUGCUCUGACAUGUUGCACAGUGAAGAAAUGAAUGGGCAGCUGGGUGGCUCCACCGAGAGUGUAAUAGUCAUUGAUUCUCACACAGAGGACGAUGACCAAAACACAGAACCAAGCGGAAAUACAUUCAUCUGUUCAGGGUCGGACGACAGCGAUCGCCGAUGUGUUGAACAGAAAAGACAGUCCCCUUUAACUGUGAAAAGUGGUAAUGGUUCUGCUAAAGACAUUCUUCGAGAAGUCAGACCGUCUUCUGCAGACCUAUCACAGUCACUGAACCAGUCAAUGCUUCAUGAUGCACCACAGAAGACAAACGGACAUGAUUCUGAUGUGAUAAAGAAAAGACAUUACCACAAACGUAGGGUAAAAUCUAAAAGAAUAGUCUCAUCAGAAUCAGAGGAAAGUGAUGAUGAAACUGUGGACAGACUUUGUGGAGCUGCUAAUGAAAAGUCGAAAAAUAACAGUCUGUCAUCCAAGGAUCCAAAAGAGAAGCAACCCCAGUCUUUGAACAAGAAGGCCAACUCAACUUCAGGUUCAAAAUCUGUGAUUCCUCGCUCAGUUGUUGAAAAGCCUAAUCAACAUCAUAAACUCUUUAAAGAAUCUAACAACGACCGACAGGUUAAAGAUUGCACUCCAAAGUCCUCCACAGCAUCCAGUAAAAAGACUGACUCUGUCGAUAAAAAUACAUUGGAUUUGCCCAAACCAAAACGUACAAACGAUGGACCACAUACAACAAAGCAUAACGUUCAGGCCAAUGUUAAAAAAAACACAAUAUUUUCAAGACAACAUUCCUUACCGGGCCAGAAAUGCACAUCCACCUCUGUCAGUGAAAAACAAUCUAAAGCCAGACGAAGCUCAGUCGGCUCAAGAUAUUUAUCUCCAUCUGGAGAAACACCGGCCUCCUCUAAUCAUCCUGCAUCCAAACAGAGCAUAUAUACUCCCAGAGAUAAUUUGUCUACGUUAAGACUACGGUGCUCUGUCUCUUGUGGCGACAGGUCAACGAUGAACCAUCCUGUCAAUCCCACAAAAUGCCCUUCACCAACUUCUGCAACCAUGGAAACAUCAGCAAGGAAACGGUUGACAAAAGAAAUGGAGCUCUUUAUCCCAAUUGGAAACGAGCUGAGUAAGAAACUAAAAAAGACAAAAUCCACCCUGGGAAUGGAGGAUGACGUGACAACCGGGACAUUACCUAGUCGACAUAACAGGGCACCCAUACAGAGGCAAAACUCCAAGUCUGCAACCCCCCUAAUGAAAAGGACCAAGUUUGAUGCAGUACAGUUGACAAAGGCUAGGAUCCGGGACACCCCAAAGGAACAAGAUAACUACGAUUGUAAAGGUUACAAAUGGUCAGAGAAGCCAACAGUGACAAACCCAAUACAAGGUUUAAGCAGCAAGAGAAAGAUGUAUAGAUCUCAUCCAUGACCCCGCUAGUGAGAAAAAGGAUGGCAGUGGCUACCAAUGCAAAUCAAGUUUGUCUCACUCCCUAAAGGACAGGUGGCUGAUUCGUGAAGCAGAAGUUCUGGAUACCAUCUAUUCAUUUUCUGUAUUUUGAGCUUGUCUAUGUGGGAACUGUAUAUACAUUUGUUAGCUUGUUGGCAGAUGUUAUUGUUACUGGCUUCCUAAAGCUAUUUUAUAUUAUUGUAUAAAUUUUUAUUUUUGCAUGUUUUAUACUUUGAAAACCCACUUAUGUUAACACUUCCUAUGGGCGAGUUUGUAUCUUUCUGUUUUUUAAAACGUCACUGUAUACAAAACCUUAAAUGAAUACAUUUCUCAA